AAAAGUCAUUUGGUACGAAAAUUAGAUCAAAUAUGUAUGGUUAAUUCUAAGGAAAAUUUGGUUUUGUCAACAAAAUUUGACCAAUUUGGUUUACGAAAGUUUGGCUUAGCCACGGUCCAAACAUGAUUCUUUCUGCCUCCGCCUCGAUCUUCUGUCCCAGUUCCAUCUCCGGCGCCAAACUCCGCCGUCUCCCGCCGCGGUAGCAAUCAGUGAUACGUUUGCCAUGUGACCUUUUUUAUUUUUAAUUUACAAAAUUACACGGCUGUUUUAAAAUAUUGCACAUCAAAUAUCACAUAUCUAACAAGCAAAACCUUUAAAAAUUAUUUUUUAAAAACACUACAUUCUAUUGCUCUUAAAAUUUAAAAUAAUAUUAAAAAGUUAUAAAAAAUUCUGAAAAAUAUAGGUUGGAGAGAAUACUAUGAUAUAGCUCUUUAAAAAAAAUUUAGACAAAAAUCACCUGUUGAAUAGAUAACAUAUUUAUUUUUUAAAAGAUGUUACUCGUUGGAAGGACCACAUCUUACUGUUGCCCACCCGACCUCAGGGCUGACGGUAGACUAGAUAUACAAUAUUUUGAAACAGGUGUGUAAUUUUACAAAUAUUAAAAAAUAAAAAAAAUCUUCGCCAUGCCAUGCUGUAUCCUGGGCCGGUGAACGCUGGUUCGGGCGGCCAGCGUGCUUACGGGCUCGUGACGUGUCUAAACCCACCUUGCGAGCCCGCUCCCCGGCCCAGAAAUGGUGCUCACCAAUCCAUCGACCUCUCUGGGCUUUGACCGCUCGCGGCGACCGAGUUGAGCUGAGCUUCCAUUCCCCGCCGCCGCAGCGCACCAAAACCCCCGGUCCCGGUCCCCACACCACAACUCCUCAGCCGCCGCGCGCAGCCUCGACGCCGGCCGCUCUCCGUUCGCCCUCCCCCCCCACACCUGCCUCCUCCCCUUCGCGCAGGAUCCACCCCCCUUCACCGCCGCUCCACCUGCCGCGCCCCGGCCCUUCGAGUAGCUCCGGCACCGUCUGCUUCUGCUGCGCGACCCUACCCCUUCGGACCGUUCGCCGCCGGUACUCUGCACCGUCAUGUUGAUACGCGCCCUUUGUGAUUGGGCACCGAGGAGGAGAAGCUAAAGGCGAAGGGUGCAGCCGUCUAUGGCCGCCGUGGUGUAGCAUCCCGCAGCUGGCGCCUUGUCUGUGCUGCCCGCUCCUUGCCGUUCCUUGCUCCCUUGUCUGUGCUGCCCGCUCGGUUUCCUCAUGAACAACUACCUCAGCAGCGCAUUGAGGGCCGCCCGCCUCAGGUGGGUUGCUCGGAUUCAACUCGUAGUGGAGCUCAGUGAGCCGUGCAGAGCACCACAUUGGUGUGCUGCCCGUUCUUGGCUUGUUCAAGAAUCGUCAUCCACGUCGAGUUGGGGGGUCACUCCAAUUGGUCAUAGGUAUCAUCUGCGUCCUUAUUCCGCUGCUCCUGCACGUUGUGUGUAUAAACCCUUGGAGGAGGAGGAAGAGGAGGAGGAGGAGGUGGUGGAUAAGAGGCUCAGACAAAUGGAGAAGAGACGGGUGUUUCGUGCCGCGCAGCAGACUUUCCUGGAGUACCUCCAUGUCACGCGUGGGUUGUGCUUCAGCGACGCCGAGCAUAUAAGCAAGCACUCACCCAUCUUCGUGAGCAAGCUGCUGGAGAUGGUGAAGGAUGCUAUUAAGGAUCCUGUGGAGGGGGGUGAGGAGAUAGUGUUCAGGUCAAAGGAGAAGAAGAAGGAGAUGAGGGAUCAGAGGGUCAGUAAGGCAUUGGUGCGUCUAUUCCAUUACCACCCUAUCAAUGAAUUUGAGCCGUUCAUGGAGAGCAUUGGCCUCAAGCCGAGCAAGUAUGAUUCCUUGUUGCCUCGGGAUCUCAUGUUUCUUGCGGAUGACGAGACGUUGCUGGAGAACUAUCGUGUUCUUUGCAAUUAUGGGGUUAUGCGAACUAAGAUAGGGAGGAUAUACAGGGAUGCUGCAGACGUUUUUAGUUUUGGUGAGAAUGUGCUUGUAUCUAAGCUGCGGGCUCUUGAGGAUCUAGGGUUCAGUAAAACCAGUGUGAUAAAACUUGUGAUCUCUAGCCCUGUCAUAUUGGUGCGUGACCUAAGUGCUGAAUUCAAGAUUCUGCAGUGGCUAGAUGACGUUGGCAUUGAGCGAGACUGGAUAGGUCAAUUUGUAUCUGUAAGGAAGUCAUACAAUUGGAGAAAGACAGUCGAUGUUCCUCAAUUCUUCAGUGAAUUGGGAUUCAAUAAGGAAGGCAUUGGUAAAUUGAUCAGGGAAAACCCAGAUUUCUUGCUGGAUGGUUCUGGAAAGGGACUGUUUAAAGCAGUUAGCAUCAUGCUAAAAGCAGGGUCUGGAAAACAAGAUUUAUUUAAUCUUUUCCUGGACUUCCCAAAUGUACGAGCCAGGAAUUUCGCACGGAACAUACUGAGGGGUAUACAAUUGUUAGCUGAGAUUGGUGUAAGUGAGAUGGACAUUAUGAAAUUUGUAGUUUCAAAUGCAUCAAUGCUUGGUUCUGCCCCAGUGAAGAAGGCAAACAGCAUUCUUACAAAUCUCAGUGUGGGGAAGAAGCGCUUGUGCAAGAUUAUAAUGGAGGAGCCACAUCAAUUGAUGAAAUACACAUUUGGGUCAAAGCUCAGCCGCCUACCGCAUUGUAACCGGAGUAAUGAGACAUCCCUUAAGGAGAAGGUGAAAUUUUUGAAAAGCAUAGGAUUUGUUGAAGGCUCUGAAGAUAUGGAGAAGGCACUCAAAGUUUUCCGAGGUAAAGGUGAUGAACUACAAGAUCGGUUUGACUUUUUAGUGAAGACUGGACUUGAUCCGAAGGAUGUAGCAAGCAUGAUGAAGGUAGCUCCACAUGUUUUGAAUCAGAAGAUACAUGUCCUUGAGUCCAAGAUAUCAUUCUUUGUAAAUGAGACAGGAUAUCCCCUAAGUGCUCUGGUUGGGUUCCCCUCAUUCUUGUCGUUCACUGUGGAGAGAACCAAAGUUAGGUUUUUAAUGUACAAUUGGUUGCGAGAAAGGGGGCUGUCUACUCCUAAUCUUGCUCUAAGCAGUUUCCUAGCUUGUUCAGACAAAAAUUUUAUCAAGUACUUUGUAGAAAAGCAUCACACGGGUCAUGAAGUUUGGGAAAACUUCAAGAGGGAGGUAGCUGCAACAAAAAUCGUGCAUUGUACUUCAGAUGAUUAGCAGGAUAUUCUUUGUUAAGUGAUAUUAACAUAUUUCCCUGA